CCCCCUCUCCCGAGCUGCGUCUCCGUCCACAGUGAGAUACCGUGGAAAUGCCAGGCUGUCCUUCUUCAAUCUAGACCGGGAAGUCUCAGCUCACAGAGUCAAGACGGGGGGCACAAUGAGUGAAGAGCCACCAGUCACCCCCAGCUGGCUGGCUCCUGAUUCCACAGCUUGGGCCAGCGGAGGUGGUGGACCAAUGGACAACAGCACCAGCCUGGGGACGCUUCCACCGGAAGACUCCCUGCGGCCCAGCCAGCUGCCGCUGCUGGUCAACCCCUGGGACAUUGUGCUGUGCUCAUCUGGGACUCUGAUAGCCUGUGAGAAUGCUCUGGUGGUGCUUGUGAUCUGGCAGAACCCAGCGCUCAGAGCUCCCAUGUUCCUGCUGAUCGGCAGCCUGGCAUUGGCUGACCUGCUGGCCGGCCUGGGCCUCGUGCUGCACUUCACCUGUGCCUACUUGCUUCGCUCUGAUUCAGCCCAGUUGCUGACUGUGGGCUUGAUAGUGGCCUCAUUCUCUGCUUCUGUCUUUAGCUUGCUGGCUAUCACUAUUGACCGAUACCUAUCAUUGUAUUACGCCCUCACCUACAACUCGGAGCGGACGGCAGCCUUCACCUACACCAUGCUUGUGCUGCUGUGGGGCCUGUCCCUUUGUCUAGGCCUGCUGCCUGUCACAGGGGUCAACUGCCUAGCGGAGGCGGCUACAUGCAGCGUGGUGCGGCCGCUGACAAAAAAUAACAUCGCCGUGCUGUCUGUCUCCUUCUUGCUGCUCUUCGGUCUCAUGCUGCAACUCUACGUCCAGAUCUGCAAGAUCGUGAUGCGCCACGCUCACCAAAUCGCCCUACAGCACCACUUCCUGGCUGCCACACCCCACUACGUCACAACCCGAAAGGGCGUGUCCACCCUAGCCAUCAUCCUGGGUACCUUUGCCGCCUGCUGGAUGCCAUUCACUGUCUACUCGCUCAUCGCUGACUACACGUACCCGCCUCUCUAUACCUACGCCACGCUGGUGCCUGCCACCUACAAUUCGGUCAUAAACCCGGUCAUCUAUGCCUUCAGGAACCAGGAGAUCCAGAAGGCGCUGUGGCUGGUGUGCUGCGGCUGUGUUCCCACCAGUGUGGCCCACCGUGCACGGACUCCGAGUGACGUCUGACCAAGCAGACCCAGGUGGGAAGAAAGAGAGGCAACCUGGGUCAGCUCUGCUCCUCACUGGAUCUUACCAGUGCCAAAGAGAGAGCAGCAGCAGAGGAGGUCCGGGGCAGUGGUGGAGGGCUGUGGCCUGAGCUCUGGCCUGGAGAUGUCAGUGGCAGACGCAGAUUGGUUAAUCAUCCACAGCCAAAUGGAUGCAUGGAUGGAUGGCUAGAUGGCAUUUUUUUCUUUGAUACACGUACCACAGGGCAAAGUAUCUUACUGUCUUCCCCAGUAAAGGCCACUAUCGGGACUGCAUCCCGCUUUCCUCCCGUUCAACCCACGCCACGCCCUUCCUCAUGUCUGCAGAGAGCACUGAGUGCAUCACAUGUUAAAGGCAGCAGCUGUAGAUAUAAGACAUGCAUACACUAAGCGGAACCGGACCACUUGAGGACAUGUGCUUAUUUUCCUCCAACAGGGAGGAAUUGUUAGUUUGCGCCUGCGUGCGUGCAUGUGUGUCUGCGUGUGUGUUUGUGUAAAAACCUCACGGCGCAUUCGUUUGUGAUGAGCGGAGAAGAAAGGAGGGAGGGAGCCGACCGCGGCUCAGUACGCAGGCAUUUCCACAGCAAAGCCCGUCUGGAGCAGCAGCAACCCGGCAGCUCUGCUGUUGCACUCUGAACGUGCGUCGAAAGCUAAACAGCCGCGGAGAGCUAUAAAUAGACCCGGAGCUCUCUGAUCUGCGUCCUGCGUUCUCAACGGAAAGAAAUCAAGCCGCUCCCUCUUUCUUUCCUACCCUCUCUCAUGUUCUCAUCCCUUUUCCCCCCCUUUCUGGAGGUAUUUUAGUUCAGCUCGCAUCUCUGAGGGCCAAGACAAAGCACUUGAGAGACUUUCCCCAUUAGCCCCCUCUUUCAUUUUUUAUUAGUAUGGAUGGAGGCAUCAAACCAUAUAGAGGCCUGUUGGAUUAUAUAACAUUACUGUAUACCUCUCCUCCUCCACCUCCUGAGGGGAGAUUUACAUUUCAAACAUAUAAAAGAAAAACAGCUGGUCUAUUAUUCCUAAAGGAAUAACAUGGGUGGUGAAAUUAACACAGCUAAUCAAAUAAAUGGAGCCAGAGUAGCAAAAUUAUACUAUUUAUUUUAUUUGAUCAUGUUUCCCUCCCGAAGAGCCUCAACCUCAUUAAUAGGUGUGCAUGUAAUGGCCCGGUUUAAUUUGCAUGCAGGUCGCUGUUUGCUCUUUCUGAGUUCAGUGUGGUAGGUCAUACAGGUCGCUGCAGGCAAUGUGCCGUGGUUUCCUGAUGUCACCAUGACCCAAAUAAUUGUGUUUAUGUAUAAUGUACCUCACAUUGAAAGAGCUAAAAUCAUUGCACCAAGGUCACAGGAGAGGUUUUUGUUUCAGCAUUUUGCUUCAGACGCUCUGAUAAUGAUCAUUCCACAUCACUCCUCAGCUGCUCUGAGUUAGUUCUCCAGAAUAUUUUGGUUUUAAAACAGGUCUGCAACCUUCUCGAAAUCGUCGAUUCCUUAUUUUCUAUUCAGCAAUAACUAGCCUGUGAUUGGUAGUUAUUUUUUAGACGCGAAGCAAUACUCAGACAGCAAUAACAUCCACAUCCCACCACGACUUCUUCCUGCAGAGUCAAGUAACAUCUUGGCGAUGUGUUGCAGAGAACAGGCUCAGCGAACU